UGUACGUUGAAGUUUUGUCGGCGGAAAGCCGUUAUAUAUUCAUUUUCGUGCACUUGGAUAAAAUAAUUUCCUCAAAUAUGUCAAAAGUAACAACGGCAGAGCAAUACGAAAAAUUGUGUGAUAUGAUGGCCACGAAAAGAGAUAUUGCGCAGGGCUUCCAAAAGCGACCGAAGGAAGAAGUACAGGAGUUUUGGGAGGAGGUUGCAAGGAAUUUAAAUGCACUUGGCCCACCAACAAAAGAUUCCAAUACAUGGAGAAAGGUCUGGAUUGACUGGAAAUGCUACAUGAAGCGAAAAUUAUCGCAUAACAAAAAAGAAAGGAUGAGCACCGGUGGAGGUCCUUGCCUUUUACAACGCAUAAGCCCACUUGAUGAAAAGGUGAUAGCUUUGACGGGUUUGGAAACGGAUGAUAUCCCUUCAACCAGUAGAGCUAGCAGCCAAAAUAGAGAGGCGAGGGCAGACAAGCAGAGCACUUCUUCAUUACUUAAGCAACAGAUACAAAUCAAAAAGAAUUUUAUGCAGAGACGAAAAAAUUCAAUGAAGCUGCCUUUGGUAAAAUGGAAGAAGUUACUUCAUAUUUACGACACAUGAAUCGUUCUCUAGAAACUUUGGCGGAGACUGCAGUGAAGCAACCUGAAGAACAGAAGCGACACAAUAGAAUUAAGGAAGAGCUGGUGAAGGAAAAAGUAGAAAUAAAAAUGCAAAUGC